GCAGCAAUUGAAAGAGGUCUCUGUUCCUGAAGGAGGGGCCAUGGCCUCCAUGUUGCUCACCCGGCGGCUAGCCUGCAGCUUCCAGCACAGCCACCACCUGCUCAUGCCAGGAUGCAGACUCAUCAGUCAAGCCGCAGCCAAAGUCGACAUUGAAUUUGACUAUGAUGGGCCUCUGAUGAAGACGGAAGUCCCCGGGCCUCGGUCUCUGGAGUUAAUGAAACAGCUGAAUAUAGUUCAGAACGCAGAAGCCGUGCACUUUUUCUGCAAUUACGAAGAGAGCCGGGGCAAUUACCUGGUCGACGUGGAUGGCAACCGAAUGUUGGACCUGUAUUCCCAGAUCUCCUCUGUCCCCAUUGGUUACAGCCACCCUGCCCUGGUGAAAGUCGUCCAGCAGCCUCAGAAUGUGAGCACAUUCAUCAACCGACCGGCCCUGGGAAUCUUGCCCCCUGAGAACUUUGUGGACAAGCUCCGCGAAUCCUUGCUCUCGGUGGCUCCCAAAGGGAUGUCCCAGCUCAUCACCAUGGCCUGUGGUUCCUGCUCCAACGAGAACGCCUUCAAGACCGUUUUCAUGUGGUACCGGAACAAGGAGAGAGGGCAGAGGGGCUUCUCCAAGGAGGAGCUGGAGACGUGCAUGGUCAAUCAGGCCCCCGGGUGCCCGGACUACAGCAUCCUCUCCUUCAUGGGCGCGUUCCACGGGAGGACGAUGGGUUGCUUAGCGACCACGCACUCCAAAGCCAUUCACAAGAUCGACAUUCCUUCCUUCGACUGGCCCAUCGCGCCCUUCCCCCGGCUGAAGUAUCCUCUGGAGGAGUUUGUGAAAGAGAACCAGCAAGAAGAGGCGCGCUGCCUGGAAGAGGUGGAAGAUCUGAUCGUGAAAUACCGGAAAAAGAAGAAGACAGUGGCUGGAAUCAUCGUGGAGCCCAUCCAGUCCGAGGGCGGAGACAACCACGCGUCCGAUGACUUCUUUCGGAAGCUGCGAGACAUUGCCAGGAAGCACGGCUGUGCCUUCUUGGUAGACGAGGUCCAGACGGGAGGUGGCUGCACGGGCAAGUUCUGGGCGCAUGAGCACUGGGGCCUGGACGACCCCGCAGACGUGAUGACCUUCAGCAAGAAGAUGAUGACGGGGGGCUUCUUCCACAAGGAGGAGUUCAGGCCCAAUGCUCCCUACCGGAUCUUCAACACCUGGCUGGGGGACCCGUGCAAGAACCUGCUGCUGGCCGAGGUCAUCAACGUCAUCAAGCGGGAGGAUCUGCUGAGCAAUGUCACCCACGCUGGCAAGGCCCUGCUCACAGGGCUGCUGGACCUUCAGGCCAGGUACCCCCAGUUCAUCAGCAGAGUGAGAGGACGAGGCACCUUCUGCUCCUUUGACACUCCAGAUGAGUCGACGCGGAAUAAACUCAUCCUCGUUGCCAGAAAUAAAGCCCUGCCAGUGCCAGACCUCACCCUUUGCCUCUCCUUCCAGGUGUGGUGCUGGGGGGCUGCGGUGACAAAUCCAUCCGUUUCCGUCCCACACUGGUCUUCAGGGAUCACCACGCUCACCUGUUCCUCAACAUAUUCAGCGACAUCUUAGCCGACUUCAAGUAAAGAAACCAUUCCCACCACAUGCGGAGAAAGCCCCAAUCUCAACAGUCGUCAAAUUGAUUAGUUUGCCUAAUUCAUGUCUUCACUUAAAGGACCAGA